AUGAACUAAAAAUCUAAUUUUGGUGAUAAUUAAUAAAGAUUAACUAGAAUUUUAAAUUAAAUAAAAGAGCUUGUAAAUGAAUAAGGAGAAUAAGGAUAAAAUAUAAAUGAAAUAAAUAAUAAUUCAUAGAAUUAAUUCUCAAAAGAAGAAAUGAUAAAGUUUAUAAAAAAGGAAUAUUAGUAAUUAUGUGAAGAGGUUCAAAAUUUACAAAUUUAUAGAAAAAAAACUUUUGGAAGUCCUCCAAGAAAUAAAUGA